AUGAGUCGCUCAAAGGGAAGCGGAGAUAUCUCUGCUAUCUUCGUUCAUGCGGGAGCCGGCUUUCAUGCCCCGCACAAUGAGAAAGCGCAUCUAGAGACCUGUGAGAAAGCGGCGAGAGUAGCAAUGUCGAUGCUGAAGAACGGUGGAUCGGCCGUCGACGCUGUUGAGAUCGCCAUCAUGAUGCUAGAGGAUAGCGAAAUGACCAACGCAGGCUACGGUAGCAACCUCAACCUUGAAGGCACCGUCGAGUGCGAUGCCACUGUCGUCAAUCAUCUAGGACGCAGUGGUGCUGUCGGUGCUGUCGGUCAGGUCAAGAACCCCAUCUCCCUUGCGCGGGUCAUCCUUGACGCUUCCUCGAAGUCGCUCUCGCUAGCCCGAGUACCUCCAAAUUUCCUAGUGGGACAGGGUGCUACGGAUUUUGCCUACGAACACGGGCUGGUGGUGCUGCCCCCUGACGGUCUAGUAGCUCCGUCGGCUCGAGAAAGGUGGACUCAUUGGAAACGUGAUCUGGAAGCCGCUACUCUUCGGGAGAGGAAGCAGUCUGGAGAACAUACCCGCCUGAGCUCGCACUUUCGCCGGCCCCCCACCGUCAAUCCGGCCCAGCUGCUCUCUGCGGCUUCGAGCCCUGGGCCAGCCUCGGCGACUGGAGUAAGCACUCAGAGUACCAAGAGCGCACCUACUGCAGACCCACGUCGUAUCACGCCGCCGGCAGGUUCGGAGUUAGCACCCUCCAUUGCCCCCAGGGUCAAUGAUGGCAAGCAAACUGACGGUGCGCGGUCCGCUGCUGUGGGGAACAUGUCUACGAGUCGCAAUAGCUUGUCUCCUUCCGAAGCUCCCCAUGGCGUCGACGCAAUGGAUAUUGACCGAGUCAAUGAUACCGUGGGUGCAAUAGCCAUAGACAGUAAAGGGAACAUCGCUGCAGGCUCUUCUUCCGGAGGCAUUGGGAUGAAGCAUCGCGGGCGGAUUGGCCCUGCCGCGCUUGUUGGUAUCGGGACUGCUGUAUUCCCCGUGGACCCUAACGAUUCAGAGGCGACCUGCGUUGCGACUAUCACUUCGGGGACUGGUGAGCACAUUGCAACGACUAUGGCCGCCAGUACCUGCGCGUCACGCAUCUACUAUAGCCAUCGAAAGCGUAAAGAGGGCGGAUUCGAAGAGGUCACCGAAGAGGAGGCCAUGAAAGCGGUUAUUUCAGACGAUUUCAUGGGACAUCCGGGCGUCAUAAACAGUAUCUGUAACGGCGCCAUUGGCAUCCUUUCGGUUAAGAAGACGGUCGACGGAGCAUUCCUCCACUUCGCCCACAAUACAGACUCUUUUGCUCUUGCAUCGAUGAGUAGCGUAGAUAAGAAACCCGUGUGUGUCAUGUCUCGCAAUGGCGGGGGCGGUACCAUUGCCCAGGGUGGCCGCGCCUGCAGAGCCAAAAGGUAUUCGAUAACAGCUACUGUACAGAUCAAGCUAAGCUGA